AUGACUUUCAACAUUUGGUAUCGUUUGUCGGAGGGAUUGUUCAGUUUUGAAGACGAUCAACAUAUUGAGAAGUUCAAGCCGUAUGUUCAGAGGUACUUGGCUGCCCUUUAUCGUCAUUGUCGGUACGAUACCGAAGAAGAGGGCAUACCGGAUCGCGAUGGGGACUUUGCUGACUUCAGGCUGAAGGUGAUAGAAACCGUCCGAGAUGUAGUAUUUGUUGUCGGAACAGAAUCAUGCGUGACGAGUAUGUAUAAUAUGCUGAAAACGUGUAGUCAGUCUGGUACAUGGGAUGAAGCGGAAGCUGCUCUCUUCAUAAUCUCUACUGUUAUCAGUAAUAUCAUCCCGGAGGAGAAUAAUGUGAUCCCUGAACUCGUACAAGCCAUAGUGACACUUCCUAUGACGUCUCAUCCGGCUUUACUUCUCACAUCUGUAGAUCUGUUGGGAAGCGCAAGCGAGUGGCUUAGUAAAAAUACUUCCUUUUUAGGAAAAGUUGUCGAAUGGUUGCUUCAACUUGCUGUGACGCCUGCGUUUGCCGCCCCUGCUGCAGAUUCUAUUGAAAAGAUUACCUUGCGAUCGUCCGCUGAAUUGACUCAUCUGAUCCCUCUGCUGGUGCAACUUAUACCUCACCUUGAAUCUUCCCAAAGCCAUGGAAAGAAGAUGGAAACCGCAAUUUCCAGCUGCUUGAAAGCUUGUACCAUGCUUAUCAUGAACCUUCCUGCCGAAGAGAUACGAACUCGACUUGUAGAAUUAUGUCAGCCUAUCAUCCAACGAUUGCAGAUGGUGCUCACGGCUACACCUGUCGUAGUGGCAAACAACGAAAAUGAGAAAUCAGCAGAUUCUUGGGCGCGAAUUGCUAGUGAGCCCAUACUAUGGAUUGAUCGCAUCGCCACAAUAUUCCGAGAAGUGCGACCAUGGAAUGGAGGGGUCUUGGUGAGCGUGCGUGGUUAGAG